AUGAUACAGAAGGGAGACGUCAUGGAAAAAAGCCCAAUUUUCAUCGGAGUCGUAUCUCCCAUGAAUGGUUGCGUUGGUAUAGGUCUUGCAAAAGGCAAAGAGCACGCUCGUCAACGACGUGCACUGGCUCCCAGUCUCUCGAAAAGUGCACUGAAGGGGCAGGAAGCGAUCCUCCAAGUCCAUAUCAUCAAGCUUAUUGCCGCAAUCCGCAACAUGAUACGAGCCAAGCAAGAGGUUAUAAACAUGGCAGACUGGUACUCUUACAUCACCUUUGAUGUUAUCGGCGAUCUCUGCUUUGCUGAGCCGUUUGGCUGUUUGGAUCAAGGCGCAGCAACAGAGUGGUCUACAUCCGUCAACAAUGUCCUUAUUUCAGCCACCUGGGAUCAGGCCAUUCGAAGAGCUGCAGGUGUCGAUAGCUGGCUCAGAAAUCUUCUGCUCAGGUUUGUCCCAAAGGAAGUAUCUCACUGGAGAAUGACUCACAUGAAAAAAUCGCAAGAAAAGACAUUAGCGCGUCUUGCCAACAAGGACUUGCCCCGCCAGGACAUCAUGUACCACUUACUUCAGCAAGAAGAUCAGCAAAAGGCGCUAAAACCUACGGAGAUCAUUCUUAACAUGGUUCUGUUUGUCGCCGCUGGAUCAGAAACGACAUCAAUACAGCUUACCGCAAUGACACAUUUGCUUUGUAUGAAUCAGGAUGCAUACAAAAAGGUUGUCGAGGAGAUACGAGGCAGUUUCAAAAAGGCUACGGAUAUCACCCUCGCCACCGUGAUGGAAUUAGUAUACUUGGAAGCAUGUGCUGCCGAAACCCUUCGUCUCUACCCUCCUGGUUCCGUCGCAGGCCAGCGUAUUGUACCUCGUGGAGGUGCUAAGAUAGACGGACACUAUGUUCCAGCUGGGUGCACCGUGUCUGUUUCGCCUUGGGUGGCGGCCCGUUCGCCUCUAAACUUCGCCGAACCCGACCAAUUUCGUCCACAGCGCUGGUUCAGGGAAGGUGUAUACUCGCGAGAUAAGUUGCAUGCUGCACAAGCCUUUGGAUACGGACCAAAAAGCUGUUUGGGUCAGAAUCUGGCUCAGUUCGAGGUCCAAGACACGCAGAGGAUAAUAGGAAGUGGUCCUGUACUUCAGAGGAAAGUGAAAUAA